CGCACAGUUUUCAUGCGCAAACACAAGUGAGAGAGAUGACCUGCUCGGAGAUUUAUCUCACAGCUGAUACAGGCUUGGCGAACAAACAAUUUUAAAAACUUUUCAAGUUUGUUUGUAAAAGCAGAGUCGCAUUGCGUUGAAUCUCUAUCUGUUUCCUGCCCCAAACUUGACGUCUAUCCGCUGUGGGCGCAAACUUCAUCAGUUUUUUUUUUUUCUUUGCUGGGAGUUGUGCCUCUGGCUUCACCGGUCAGCAUUGGAUCCAACGGCGUACUGCGAAACUCCGGUUUACAGUCCGGAUCUGUGCCCAAACAUGAUUGCAACGCAAGCAAAGCUGGUUUACCAGCUCAAUAAAUAUUACAACGAGAGAUGCCAGGCGCGCAAAGCGGCCAUCGCCAAGACCAUUCGCGAGGUGUGUAAGGUGGUGUCAGACGUGUUGAAGGAGGUAGAGGUCCAAGAGCCCCGUUUCAUCAGCUCUCUGAGUGAGAUAGACGCGCGCUACGAGGGCAUGGAGGUCAUCGCACCCAAUGAGUUUGAGGUCGUGCUUUACCUGAACCAGAUGGGAGUCUUUAACUUCGUGGAUGACGGCUCUCUGCCGGGCUGCGCCGUGCUCAAACUCAGCGACGGCCGCAAACGGAGCAUGUCCCUGUGGGUGGAGUUCAUUACCGCCUCCGGUUAUCUCUCUGCCCGAAAGAUCCGCUCCCGCUUUCAGACCCUGGUGGCCCAGGCCGUGGAUAAAUGCAGCUAUCGGGACGUGGUUAAAAUGGUGGCGGACACGAGUGAAGUGAAACUGCGCAUUCGGGAGAGGUAUGUUGUGCAAAUCACCCCAGCCUUCAAGUGCACGGGAAUCUGGCCUAGAAGUGCCGCCCAAUGGCCCAUGCCCCACAUCCCAUGGCCAGGGCCGAACCGGGUGGCGGAGGUGAAAGCGGAGGGAUUUAACCUCCUCUCUAAAGAGUGCUACUCGUUAACGGGGAAACAGAGCUCGGCGGAGAGCGACGCCUGGGUUUUGCAGUUUGCUGAGGCCGAGAACAGGCUUCUGAUGUCAGGUUGUAGGAAAAAAUGCCUCUCUGUUCUAAAGACUCUCCGUGACCGACACCUUGAGCUGCCGGGACAGCCGCUCAAUAAUUACCAUAUGAAGACCCUGCUGCUGUACGAAUGUGAGAAACACCCGCGGGAAACUGACUGGGAUGAGUCGUGCCUCGGCGACCGUCUAAACGGCAUUCUUCUGCAGCUCAUCUCCUGUCUGCAGUGCCGUCGGUGCCCACAUUACUUCUUACCCAAUCUAGACUUGUUUCAGGGUAAACCACACUCAGCGCUGGAAACAGCGGCCAAACAAACCUGGAGACUGGCCAGAGAAAUCCUUACCAAUGCUAAAAGUUUGGAUAAACUGUAAGAUGAAAAAAAAGGAGAAGGACAGAUUAUGUCGUUUAUGAACGUGACUUUGAGAUCACAUCACUGAAAGUGGAGAGACUGUGAUCUUGGUGCUCUGAGAAAUAAAACCAAAAAAAAGAUUAAUAAAAAAAACCCCGAAGCAUUUGCUUUUACCAAGGUUCAAACAGGACAUUGCAAGAGAGAGAAAGAGAUAGAAGUUGAGGUACAUUUUAAUUUUUUUUUUUUUUUUUAAAUAUAUGCACAAAGUCUUUAAUUGAGAAUAAUAAAAUGUAGCGUGCCAAGCCAAGUUCAUUUUUUUCAUGAUGUGACCGAAAAUUGUAACGUAAU